AUGGAGACCGAACAAAUUGUUGACCCCGACAAGUCUUGGAGACGAUCCACCAAGAGUCUGUUUAAGUCUAUCAAGCAUGCAUUUGGAGUGUCUUCAAAGAAAAAGCAAUUGCUAAAUGCCGCCCUGGAUUCCUCUUCAACAAGUGACGACCUGUCACAAGAACAGAAAGAAAAUGUGUCAGCAGUUGACGAUGGAUCUUUCCUGAGCUAUGAACCAGAUCCAACCCAAAUCAGCACAGACAUGGUGACAAGAAAACAGCAGGCACACCUCCCAGUGAAACACAAGGCAUGGGGCCCGCUGGAGACUUCAAAGGUAGUCCCCGGCCGGGGACGGACACACAGUCAGUGGACACACGCCUUUCUGGGGUGUCGGGGAGUAGCAAGCACGGACUCAAACAACUCCAGUAGACCAACAUCUGCUGCCAGCUCAAGAAGCCCACUACAUAAGGAAAAAGAUGCAGCUAAAAGAUACAAAGAAAAAGACAGAGAAGAACGAGUACGUCAGGCCCGAGAGAGAAUGGCAGAAGAGAGAAGGAAGAAAUUUGAAGAGCUUAAGGAACAACAACGUCUUGCCCAAGAAAACAGAGAGAGACAACUUGAGAUGAGAAGGCGUAAAAUUGCUGAGCUUCUACGUCAGCGUGAGGAAGAACGCAGAGCUGGUGUUGAGGAGAGGAGAAAGAGGAAAGAAGCCACUGAAAGACAACGUCGGGAGGAAAUCAUUUACAGGGCGCAGGAACGAGUGGCCCGGUAUGAGCAGUGGAAACUCGGGGGACGGAAAGGGGGGAGUGGUCACGUUUUCGGCUUUGGUAGCCGCACACCUCGUGAGAUUUGCCAGCCUUCUGAGCGACCAAAGCGGUCAUCUUCUCAUAGUGCGCUUAUACGCCGCUCUCCUAAUGGUUCCGACUCGGACUAUGCUCGACCGCAGCGUCGUGCUCUGUCUGCGUGUAGCACUGUUCGACGGCACUGUUGUAUUGACAUUAACCAUAUAACUGCUCUUUACAAGAAAAGAUCCCGCAAAGGACCUUGCCCUGGUGAGAACCCCCCUUCCAAGCAUUUGUCGGUCUCCAUGAGUGUGCUUUAUCACAAACGAAACCCAGACUUUGCUUCUUCGGGUAUGCUUAACAACAGACCAGAUUCUUUGUUGGCUCUCAACGCCAUCCCAGAGGGUCGUCGAUCUAUUCUAGCAUCCAGCAAUCCUCCGCCUCAACGUCCAAAGAGUACAGUGGGCCUUAACUCAGUUCGCCUGAGAGAGCAGAAACCUCGUAAGCCACGUCCGGCCAGUAUUGCUAGCAGUAUGCCCAGCUUUAUGCGUGUGGAGAUACCCAACCAGGCAUCCCCACGGAGCAAGAGCACUGACAGGCUCUCUAGAGACAAACCUAAUAGAACUCCUCGGAAGUCUUUAGGCAGUCAAAUCAUGGAGAGAAAGAAGGAGGAAGAGAAGAAAGAAAAUGGGACAGAUGCAGAGAAGAAACAAGCUCUCAAGAUGAAUCGUCGGUCAAUUGACAGACUGUCUCAGCCGAAACAAAUUCGAGAGAAACCAGAAGCUGAGGCCAAGGCUGAAGGAACUCCCGCUCCUAAGAAGUCGCCUAGAACACGAUUGUCGCCUAGAAAAUCUUUGUCCACCACAAAUCUUGCCACUGGUGCAAGAAAGCUGCCUUCAAAGCCAAUACUGAAGGACAAGUCUAAGGAGGCACCUGUUGGAGCCCCACAGGUUGUGAUAGAGGAUGACAAGGCUGCCAUGUCUCGAUCAGCCCACGAGGCCAUGUCCCGGUCAGUGAUGGACAUCUCAUCCAAACCCACACCGGACAUCAUGUCCAAGUCAGUGGACAUGUCCAGUAUGUCCAAGUCCACCCAGGACAUCUCUGUGGAGGAGUACAAAGCCAAGCUUGCUGAGAAACGACGUCAGGCAAGGGAGAAGGCUGAGAAGGAAGCUGAGAUUGAGAGACAGAGGCUUGAAGAAGAAAGACUGGCAGAGGAAGCACGUAUGAAGGCGGAGGAAGAGGAGCAGUGUCGCCAGGAGGAAGAGUCUUUGAGCCUAGCUGAGGACGCUCGCAGGGCUGAGGAAGAGAGACUCAGGAAGGCCAUCGAGGCUGAAGAGUCUCGCAAGAAGGAGGAGGCAGAGAGGCUGGAACAGGAGAGAAUCGCUAAAGAAGAGGCCGAGCAGCGAGCCAAGGAAGAGUCUGAGAGACAGGAGAAGGAGAGACAGGAGAGGAUGAAGAAGGAGGAGGAAGAACGCCAGGAGAGGAAGAAGCGUCUGGAGAUGAUCAUGAAGAGAGUGAAGACUGAUGGAAGUGAAUCACCCAAGACUCAAUCUCCUGCCAAGUCAGCCACCAGCUCCCCCAGCAAGAGUGGCGAGUCUUCAACUGAGAGUUCAGCCGAAGACGGCACUGAGGAAACCAUGACAACAACUGUCACGACAACCGGUAGUGUGACCAACAUCGUCACCACCAUUUCAUCUGAAGACAGCAGACCUGACUCCGGUCCAAGUUCCCCCCGAGGGUCAUCUCCCCUCCCUUCCACACCCAGUGAGAAAGCCGAGCGGCAAGAUGGAGGUGACACACCCAAGUUCCGCUCUCCCCUGCUCCAGCAGCUGGUGGAAAACAAAUCGUCCAGUAGUUCCUCCGACAGACCCAAGUUCAAGUCGCCAUUACUGCAGAACCUCCUUGGCAAGAACAAGCUAGGUGCUAGAAGCAAUGAAGAGAAAGUGGAAGAGAAGAAGACUGACAGUUCUCUGGUGGUAAAUGGGAAGCAAGGGUCUGAUACUGUGAUCAAUUCUAAGUGUGAUACUGACACUAGCUCUGUGAAGGAGCAACUGAGAUACGAUGAUGCUAGUGAUGAGGACAAAGAUGUCGACACGUCCGAGAAAAGCGAUGGACGCAAAGGAUCGGUGGAACACAUUGAGGACUUUCCUCUGGAUGUAGCUGUGAAAGACUCGACUGAGAGUGCUAGUGUCAGUGACUUGCAGGAGAACAAAGCUGGAAUUCCGUCAGCCACCGACUCGGGGAUCCUGAUGGACUUAGGUACUAGCAGUUCCAGCCUAGCUCCUGGACCCGUCAAUGGUCUCUCUCAUAAUGGCGACACCAAGGAUCUGGUGGAUUCAAGCAUUAGUAUGAAAUCAGUGGAGAGUGUGACAGCCCCCAUGAACGAUGGCAUGACAGAGAGUGGACUUGUCACCUCACAGAACGACUUUGAGGAAAUCAUCGACCUGUCAGUAACCAACAAGAACAUCCAGCUGAACUGCGGGCAGGAGUCUAGGGGAGACAACUCUGAAGACCUUCUGAACUUCAACAACCUGGAUGGUGCCAGUGAGGACAACACCAACAGAACACCUUUAAUUGCUUUUGAAGAAAACUCAGCAGCAAGACAAGAUGUCACAGAUCUCCUCUCAUGAUCCCAUGGAGGGUGAAGGAGUUUCAUCUCAGAAGGAGGCUGCCCAACAGACUCCCAGCCAAUCACAUUUAGCGACUGAGCCCGGGUCUACGCCUCCUGCUACACAGUUGUCCGCUGCCAGCACCAAUCUGACCUUCAUAGGCUCCGACUCUGUGCUGUCGCCGCCAGCGGGGGACAGUCACGUGCUUACUAUUAACAUGGCUGACGAUUGCCACUUGGACAAGUUAUGGCAGCAAACAGAACAGCUUCUCAUGCAGAAACAGGGUAAUGUGCGGCAAAUACUAGAGGAUUAUGGGAUAGGCGAGGGAGAGGAUGGGGAGAGUGACGAAGCCUUACUUUGGCAAACCGUUGAAAACGAAACCAGUUGUAAAAACGAUCUGGUAUAGAUAAGGCAUACAGUGUAGCGACAAGUUAACUUAUUGAAUAGAUACAGAGGCGUGGACUUCAACAUUGCUGUAUUGUAUGGAUGUAUAGGGUAUAUCACACUCCUGUGGAUGUAUUGGGUAUAUCACACUCCUGUGGGAUGUAUUGGGUAUAUCACACUCCUGUGGGAUGUAUUGGCUAUAUCACACUCCUGUGGGAUGUAUUGGGUAUAUCACACUCCUACACUCUUCCAAACCAAAGUUCUGUUGGUGCUUUCACACCUCACUCAACCAAGCCAUUUGUCAUAAUUAAAGGCUAAAAACUGACUCAUUCCAAAGUUUGGUUUCGGUUUUACAGGCACAAAUAAAGCAUUAUGAUCACCAGGACGACUGGUGACUUGGUGCUAUAUUGUUAAGUACUUUUUUCUACUAUAUUCCUGAGAACAUACAUUUAUGAAUUUGUUUAUUACUGUGAUAUUUUUAUUGACCAAAUUAAGGGUAAAUUCCAUCAAAGUAUUAAAGAACUGGUUGCUACAUUGUAUGGAUCCAAAACAGAUUUAUUAUUUGUAAAUAAUUUGUGAUGUACAAAUGUAGAUACAAAUCCCCAAUUGAUGUAGUCAGUUUGUGUGUAAACUAUUACGGAUGAUUAUAUGACAGUCUGUGUAUGUGUGACCGAAAAUGUAAAUAAAAUCUCACCAUGACAGAAUUUCCCCCAGAUUAUAGUAGGACUACAAGUGAAAACAUUGUCUUUCAUAUACAAAUUUGUUAUCAAAUUUAAAUUCGAGGUUAUAGAGAUCUAUGUAUAAGUUUUACCUGUGAGGUACAUGGUACUUAAUUCUGUUAAAAUUCGGAAAUACUUAACAUGGGUAUGUUAGAAAUAUACUUAUUUGGGAGGAUGAUUAACCUUGAAUGUUCUUACUGAUUCUGUGUUGAUUGCUCAACAAGGAUGUAUAGUGGGUUCUGUUAUCUCAGCCUUAUAAGCCUUGACCUCCACGUCUGUGCAAUAUUGCAUGUUAAUCAUUGAUCUGUGGAUGAACACACCAGUAUGCCGCGGGUCCUGUACAUUCUGUAUAUACAGUAGGCCUAGGUUAGACUAGAAUGCUAACGAAAGUUUAAAAAAGAACAAAAAGUGUAGUACGCUUGUAGAGAAAACGUAUGUUCAAGUUUGCUGCCAUAACUUUUCCCCAAUGUGGAGAAAAACACGACAACUUGUGUCAUUGUCUUCAAACAUGUUUCAUGGAAGUGCUUGUGUAACCAUGUCAAUGGACGCAGAGAAGAGGAAUCACAUUCUGAUGGGAAAAAGACGUGAUCGAAUGUUGUGACAGUAUGUGGCUCGGAUGUGCAUCCCGCUUGCCGCACUGUGAUAAAACUGUCCAAAACAAUUUCAUAAUGUGUGGAUUUCCAUGUUGUGUGUAGAUCCGACAUUGCCCGUGGUGCGGUUGUUAUACUUCACUCUCUCCCAAUCAGUCGUGUUGUGCUCUAGUCGGGUUCUUUGUUCUCCAAAUAUUGUAUUUAUGUUUACCAGACCUGGAGAUACUGAUCCGGGCAAAAGGGGCGUUACAGCAUAUCACAGGACAGUUUGUGCGCACUGUUCUUGUACUGUAGCAAUUCUUGCUAACUGCCAUCCUGAUUAAAUAGUUGUUUUCUUAUCCAA